AUGACUGCAGCGUACGACGAGCCAGUGGUCCUUGCGCCAGAUGUUCAGGAUGACCCUAUGGAGGCACCAGCUGCUGUAGAGGACAUUGUGGCAGACAUUCCUGCGGACACAGGCACAGAGGCUGCUGAGGAUGAGCAUGAGGGAUUUUCGGGUGGUCCGAGCGACCCAUCCGUGUUGACCCAGUAUGCGGAUCACGUUGCUUGCAGCGUAUGGACGGGAGAGGAGUGUCCUGAACUGAAGAUAUCCUUUCAUGGGAGGAAGGUCCAUAGUUUAAGCAGGCAUGUCCCUGCCAUUGAAAAACUUGUUGCUGGUACAGGACUAAGUCCUCUAAUCGCGUGUUCGGUAGACACCGACGAUCGGGGACUUUUGUCCGCGUUUAUGGAGCGGUGGCACCGGGAGACGUCUAGUUUCCAUCUCUCGGUGGGAGAGCUCACCAUCAUGCUGGACAACAGUGUUCUAGGGCUGAGACAACCCAGUGUCGUGGAUCGUACGUACGCCUACAAUGGGUACUUGAUAUAUAUGAGCGCCGAUGCCAGGCAGAGUGCAACCAAUGUCCAUGUUGUCUACUUGGAGGCCCUUCGUGACCUCAGUAUGACGGAGAGGAACGCCUGGGGAGUGGCUGCUUUGGUGCAUAUGUACGACCAGCUGAACGAUGCAUUUAUGAGCCACAGCCGACAGCUUGGCGGUUACAUCACACUACUGCAGUGCUGGAUUUACGAGCACUUUCCGUCAGUCGCGGACUCCACUACUAAUCAGGAGUACGACGAGGAUUCUCCGCGUGCGUGUAGGUGGAUUGCGACGAAGAAGACCGUGAAGAGCAUUCAUACGCCGGCGUACAGGGAGUGCCUGGACCGACUCCGGAUUCCGGAUGUCUGUUGGAUCCCGUGGAUGCACUACGAGGAUCAUAUCGUUCCAGCAGGUGAGGAAGUUUGUGAUGACAUUGCUGAGAGGUUGGAGCGCCAUCUGAGUCUAAGGGUGAUCACGCCUGGCUCAUCGACACAUGAGGUGAUCGAAGAAUGCCUCAGGUUGGCCAGGAGUGUGACACAGGACCAUCUAGUAUAUGUUAGGUCUAGACGCAGGUGGCGCACGGAUCAGCCGUAG